CCAAUCACGUUGCUUCAUGUAGGGAAGCUGGCAGAGCUGUGACAUUCACUGUUCGCAUGUCAGUGCCAACUGUAUGUCGUUAAAUAUCUCAAAAUGAAUACAAUGCUGUCGUCUUUCUCCCGACUGAGGGGACUAACUCACCUGAGCAGUAUCCCUUCAUUGAACCUUGCAGUAACUGGCAACUCUCACCUUAGAUCAUUCAGCAACUGGAUUGUGCCCAGAACGGCUACAACACCUCAGGUUUCCAGAUUUGUAGUGCCGCUUUCUUCUCAAGCUGAGGGUUCAGGAGUGUUCCAGCAGCUUCCGUGGCAGUACCAGCAGGUCCGGACCAGGAAAAGAGGCACAGAGUAUCAGCCCAAGAACAUUAAACGCAAAAGAACCCACGGCUGGAUAAAGAGGCUGAGCUCACAGGGUGGCAUCGAAGUGCUUUUGCGGCGAAUGCUGAAGGGACGGAAAUCCCUCUCACAUUAAAGGUUCCUUCUGGAAACCUGUAAGACUUUCAAGAAACAGACGCUAGUUCUGAAAUGCAGAAGGUGCUUGGCUUGCAGGGAAGAACUUAUGCAUGGUGAUGCUGGGUGUGGCCGGAGGAGAGGAGAAUGGAUACUGCUGUUGUCUGAUGGGAUGGAUUUGCCUUGAGGAAAAGCAGACCUGGUAGUUUCACCCACCUAACUUGAAGUUUUGGUUAAAACCAUUAAAUGUCAGUAAAUGCUUUUUUGUGAAUUCAUUUGCUUCAAAGAAAAAAAGUGUCCAAUAAAAUGAUUUUGGAAAACCA